AUGCCCAUGCAUGCUGAGUUCACAGCAAAGGAGGAUUGCACCAUGUACGUCAUCGACCGUAAUCAUUUCUCUGCUUGCUUUAACCGGAGAGGGAAACGCUUUGAUGACUUUCUUAGUCUGUUGGAGGAGGUACAGAUUCUUUCGCCCCUUCUGGCAUCUGAGCGGUUUGAGCUGGCAUGCAAUGCAAUAGGUCUUGUGGAAUUUCAGCCUGGUGAGCGGGUUCUUCAUCAAGGUUUGAUGAGAACCGCAAAGCUGUGGUACGUGAUACACUCAGGGACAGGCGUGGUGAGUUUAGACCAGGAGAAGAAUGGAAAGAAGGAGAAUCAGUUCCUUACCGACCUCAGUCGUGCGGCACAUUUUGGUGAGCGCUCGCUUCUGCGCGGAGAUGCAGCCGCUCCGGUGAACAUAGAUGCUGGCCCAGACGGAAUGGUCUGCUUGACCUUCUGGGGCGACACGAUCUGUGUUCUUCUGCGGAAGGUUUUGGAGCAGGAGAACUCAGUGGCGCCCAGUCCUUUCUGCGACCUCAAGGAAUGGUGGGUUCGAAAGGCGAGGGGCUUCAAAAGCCGGGAUGAUGGCUUGAAUCGCAUGACGAUAAGCUGGGACCGCAUGCAGAGCAACUGCCAGGUUGAGUUGGAUGAGCUCACCAAAGUCUGUGCUCUUGGAAAGGGGGCGUAUGGCCAGGUUUGUCUGGUCGAGGAUGCGGCGCGGGGACAGCGAUAUGCGCUGAAAGCCUUGUCAAAAGGCUACAUUGCCAAGCAGGGCACGCAGCGCCUGGUCAACGGUGAGCGCGAAAUUCUGUCAAUGAUCGACAGCAGCUUCGUCAUCCGUUUGCAUCGGACUUUCAAAGACGACCAGCACGUAUACUUCCUCUUAGAAGCUGCUUUGGGCGGCAGCCUCGUGCAGGUUGUGAAAGAUCAUCCAGAGAUCUUCGUGCAGGACAUGCCUAGAGGCCAGUCUGGAGCCUUCUACGCAGCCUGCGUCACUGCCGCACUUGAGCACUUGCACGAGCGUAGAAUCGUGCACCGUGACAUCAAGCCGGAGAAUGCCCUGCUAGAUGAGCACGGAUAUGCCAAGGUCUGUGACAUGGGUUUUGCGCGAUUUGUCCUGAGCAAGACCAACACGCUGGUCGGAACACCAGAUUACAUGGCUCCGGAAGUCAUUGACUUCCCGCACACGCAUAACAGCAGUGUCGACUGGUGGGCGUUGGGAGUUCUCACAUUUGAGAUAUUGAGCGGACAUACGCCUUUUACAGAUGAAGGCGUGUCUGAUCCCAUGGAGAGGCUGUUGGCCAUCCGACGAAGCCAGGAGCUAGGACCACUUCAGUUUCCAUUCCACUUCCCGCAAGUUGCAAAGGGUUUUGUUGCUGAAUUACUACAGAUUCGGCCGCAUGAUCGCCUUGGAGCUCGUGGAGGCGCCCAAGACGUGAGGGACCAUGCCAUGUACAGGACCUUGGCUUUCGACUUCAAGGCAUUUCAUGAGCAGAAGCUCCCAACACCAUUCCAUAGGCAGUGGAGUUAUCCGGAACAUUUUUUCACGGAUGACUUUGGUUUGGAUCGUGGGCAGCUGGGACUGGACCCAUCUGACAGCAUCUUCAUUCCAUAUACAGCUGAUCCUGCUGAUGGCUGGGAUGCCAGAUUCUAA